AUGGCAGCUGACAGUGCCAGAAGGCGUUCUCGUUCAAAAUCCAAAUCUUCGGAACAACAAAUACCAAUAAUAACUCCUAUUCGAACUGCCCCACAACCCCCAUCAACUACACAAAAUGAAAUAAAAGAUUUCGAAAAAGAAAAUAUUCCUUCUUCAAUUCCUCCUUUAAUUGAAAAUAAAGAUCAUCCAGAAUUAAAUAAUAAUUUAAUUGAAGAAAUAAAAUUGGUAGAGACUAGUGAAAAUGUUGAAUUAGUAGAGGAUAAUGCUCCCCCUCAAUCACCUAGGCUUAAACGUUCACCAGCAAUGAAUUUAACAACUUUUACUAGUGACACUACUUCUGCUACAACUUUUUCUAUGCCCUCCACUUCUACUGUUGAAGAUAAAAGGAUUGUACCGGUGGGUGAUUUUUUUAAGUGUGUGUGUGUGUUGAUUUUUGUUUUGUGAUUGUUUAAAUAAAAAUUAAUGUUUUGUGUGGUGUAUUCUUUAAACUUUAUGAAUUUUCUUAAAAUUUUCUCAAGACAUUCUACAUAUAU